GUAUUAAUUUUCACAUAAUUAUAUUUUUCAUGAAUUGCUGACAUCAUUAAUAUUAGGUAAAAUAACAAUUAUCCACUAUAUCAACAUAAAAAUAUAAAAAAAUUAUUGCGCAUGACACUAAAAUGAAGGUCAAUGCGCAUAGUCAAAACAUUGCGCAUUUCGGGCCCCGAUAGUAACCUGCCCAGAGUUGAUCGACCAGCGACAGUACUGUCAGUGCCACCCAUUUCUUAAGUUUCUCACAAAUUGUGCUACAAUUUAGUGCCUGGUUGGUGUGCAAAGCGAUUCCGAUCGCUCAUUGUUUUAUUUAGGUGCUAUAGAAAAUAACAAAUAACAGGAUGCCUUCAGCAGCGCCACCCGCCGAAAAUGGCGCGCCGCGCAGCGAGCUCGAGCAACUACAGAUGCGCGCAGGACAAGUCACUGAUGAGUCGUUGGAGUCUACGCGGCGCAUGAUGCAGCUAUGUGAGGAGAGCAAGGAGGCCGGCAUUCGUACUCUGGUCGCUCUAGACGACCAGGGAGAACAAUUGGACAGAAUCGAGGAGGGUAUGGACCAGAUCAAUGCCGAUAUGCGUGAAGCGGAGAAGAAUCUUUCCGGGAUGGAGAAAUGCUGCGGCAUCUGUGUUCUACCAUGCAACAAGGGCGCAUCGUUCAAGGAAGACGACGGCACGUGGAAGGGCAACGAUGACGGCAAAGUGGUGAACAACCAGCCGCAGCGGGUGAUGGACGAGCGCAACGGCAUAGGACCACAAGCUGGAUACAUAGGCAGAAUAACAAAUGACGCUCGCGAGGAUGAGAUGGAAGAGAACAUGGGUCAAGUGAACACGAUGAUCGGCAACUUGCGCAACAUGGCGCUUGACAUGGGCUCCGAACUUGAGAACCAGAACCGGCAGAUCGACCGCAUCAACCGCAAGGGUGAAAGCAAUGAGACACGUAUAGCGGUCGCAAACCAACGGGCCAACAAACUCCUCAAAUCCUAAGCGCAGACAUAAUCGGGCGAUAUUAAGUAUAUUAGCUAAGUAUAAUUUUACUUCUGCCUUCUUUUGCCAAUGUAAUCAAUUGCUUGUGAUCGCCUGCGGGGUGGAAGGCAGUGCGAGGAAAGGGGCCAUAUGUCGAUGUCGAGUACUAAAAGCUCAAGAGAUUAAUAUUUUUAAUAGAUAUCUCAAGUGUACAUGUACUUUACAUGCCAUUGUGUAUACAUAUCUGUUCUCUAGUUGUAUAUACAUAUAUAUUUCGCUGGCAGAACACUAGAGAAAGGUGAAAUGAAAACGAAAUUACUAAUAGAUCUAGGAUAUAAUGAAAAGAAUGAGAAUGAAAUCAAGUCUCUCAGUAAUUCCAUUGCCAACAAUGUGGUCACUAGUGAUCUGUAGCACCUAUUAACCUAAUAACUUUUUUGUAUAUAAAUAUCUCUAAAAUCACUU